AUGCCGUUAAUAGUAACUGAAGCGAAUAAAACUACGAAAUUUUCCUCGACUACAGUUGUACUCUUUAUGGAAUUGAUUAGGCUUUGUACCUGUAUUUUAAUCACUGUAGUACGAUUGCGGAGUAUUUCCAAAUUUCUAGAAGAAUUUUGGACUACGGUAGUUCAUAAUAAAUUGGAAACCGCAAAAGUUUGCGUCCCAGCACUUAUCUAUGCAAUUCAAAAUAAUUUAUAUUACGUCGCGCUGGCGAAUAUUGAUGCCACAACUUAUCUAGUCACACACCAACUCCGAAUUAUUACUACAGCCGUCCUCUCUGUUGCCCUUCUAUCAAAAAGGAUAUCUAUGAAACAAUGGAUGGCGUUAGUAAUGGCAUUGAUAGGGAUUAUUAUUGUGCAGCUGGACCGUGCCAAAUCGCAACCAUCAGCCAGCAAAGGCAAUGUUGUGCUCGGUGUUUCGUUGGUGAUUGCUAUGUGCUGGACAAGCGCUUUUGCCGGGGUCUAUUUUGAAAAGGUAUUAAAGAAAUCGUCAGUGGAUGUUUGGAUGCAAAAUAUUCGAUUGUCGAUGCUGACAUUGCCAAUGGCUUUGUCAGCGGUGGUGGCGAAAGAUUGGGAUAAUAUUGUUGCAAACAAUUUCCUGGAUGGAUUCACCCCGAUGGUCUGGACUGUAACGUUCCUAAACGCGUUCGGCGGCCUUGUGGUUGCUGUUGUAAUUCUUUAUGCGGAUAAUAUCCGAAAAACCUACUGCCAAACAAUAGCUAUCGGCCUCACCGCAUGGAUAUCAAUCGCAAUGGGCGAUGCCGUGCUAACUUUACAAUUUAUGAUGGGUAUCAUCCUUGUCGUUAUCUCAAUCCUGGUCUACUCGCUUUAUCCCGUGGAACACAAAGCCACCGCGGAAUAUAAGCCACUUCCGACAAUGGAGGAGGGAGAUGUC